AUGAAUCGCCAAUUCACCUGCAGGCCAGGAGCUGGCAGCAGGGGCUUCAGUGGCUGCUCCGCAGUGCUGUCUGGGGGCAGCACCUCCUCCUACCGGGCAGGGGGCAAAGGGCUCAGCGGGGGCUUCAGCAGCCGGAGUCUCUACAGCCUGAGGGGCGCCAGGAGCAUCUCCUUCAAUGUGGCCAGCGGCAGCGGGCGCACAGGGGGUUAUGCGUUUGGCCGGAACCGGGCCAGCGGCUUCGCAGGCAGCAUGUUUGGCAGUGUGGCUCUGGGGCCUUCAAAUACAUCCCCAUGCCUGCCCAGCGGCAUCCACCAGGUCACAGUCAACAAGAGCCUCCUGGCCCCCCUCAAUGUGGAGCUGGACCCCGAGAUCCAGAAGGUGCGCACCCAGGAGCGGGAGCAGAUCAAGGCCCUGAACAACAAGUUCGCCUCCUUCAUCGACAAGGUGCGCUUCCUGGAGCAGCAGAACCAGGUGCUGGAGACCAAGUGGGAGCUGCUGCAGCAGCUGGACCUGAACAACUGCAGGAAGAACCUGGAGCCUGUAUAUGAGGCCCACAUCAGCAGCCUGCAAAAGCAGCUGGACACACUGUCUGGGGACAGAGUACGGCUGGACUCAGAGCUGAGGGGCAUGCGGGACGCAGUGGAGGACUGCAAGAAGAGGUACGAGGAAGAGAUAAACAAACGCACGACUGCGGAGAACGAAUUUGUGGUGCUUAAGAAGGAUGUGGACGCAGCGUACAUGAGCAAGGUGGAGCUGCAGGCCAAGGUGGACGCCCUGGACGGCGAGAUCAAAUUCCUCAAGUGUCUGUAUGAGGGGGAGAUUGCCCAGAUGCAGUCCCACAUCAGCGACACGUCCGUCAUCCUGUCCAUGGACAACAACCGCAGCCUGGACCUGGACAGCAUCAUCGCCGAGGUCCGAGCUCAGUACGAGGACAUCGCCCUGAAGAGCAAGGCGGAGGCCGAGACGGUGUACCAGACCAAGUUCCAGGAGCUGCAGCUGGCAGCCGGCCGGCACGGGGAUGACCUCAAGCACACCAAGAACGAGAUCUCAGAGUUGACCCGGCUCAUCCAGAGACUGCGAUCAGAAAUCGAGAGUGUGAAGAAGCAGUGCUCCAACCUGGAGACGGCCAUUGCUGACGCCGAGCAGCGAGGCGACUGCGCCCUCAAGGAUGCCCGGGCCAAGCUGGACGAGCUGGAAGGUGCUCUGCAGCAGGCCAAGGAGGAGCUGGCACGGAUGCUGCGUGAACACCAGGAGCUGAUGAGUGUGAAGCUGGCCCUGGACAUUGAGAUCGCCACGUACCGCAAGCUGCUGGAGGGCGAGGAGUGCAGGAUGUCUGGAGAACACAGCAGUGCCGUGAGCAUUUCCGUCAUCAGCAGCUCUGCGCCUGGGACCAGCGGAGGGGCCGGUUUUGGGUUCGGUAGCACUGGCGCCUAUGGCUACCGGCCCAGCUCCGUUGGUGGGGGCUACGGCAUCCUGUCUGGGGGCUGUGUCACCGGUAGCGGGAAUUGCAGCCCCUGUGGAGAGACCAAGACCAGGCUUGGUAGCACCAGUGAAUUUAAGGAAGUUUCAGGAAAGAACGUGGCUUUGGGCUCGCCCACAAAGAAAACCAUGAGAUAG